GGGCGCCCGGCUCAGCUGGGGGCGGGGCGGCAGGCGGCGGGCGGGGCCGUGUGCGCCUGCGCGGUGUGUGUACCGGCCGCAGCCCCGCGCCGGCUGCAGCUCAGUGAUCCGAGCCGGAUCCCGAGCGGGGAACACGGGCUGAAGCGGCGGCGGCGGCCCCGCCCCGGGGCUCCAUUGUUGAGGCUGCCGCGGCUCUGUCGGCUGCUCAGCUGCGCUCCAGUCGGCCCAGGCGCAGCGGCGAGGAGCGAGCACUGCGAGGCAGCGGCCUGAGCAAUGGAAGAGUUAAUAGUUGAACUUCGUCUCUUUCUUGAACUCCUGGACCAUGAAUAUCUAACCUCAACUGUCAGGGAGAAAAAGGCAGUGAUAACCAACAUUCUGCUGAGGAUACAGUCAUCCAAAGGUUUUGAUGUGAAAGACCAUGCUCAGAAGCAGGAGACCGCUAGCAGCCUGCCAGCCCCUCCUCAGAUGCCCCUGCCGGAGAUCCCUCAGCCCUGGCUGCCUCCUGACAGUGGGCCUCCGCCAUUGCCAACGUCCUCCCUCCCAGAAGGUUAUUAUGAGGAAGCUGUGCCGCUGAGCCCCGGAAAAGCUCCGGAAUACAUCACAUCAAAUUAUGAUUCUGAUGCGAUGAGCAGCUCUUACGAAUCGUAUGAUGAAGAGGAGGAGGAUGGGAAGGGGAAGAAAACCCGGCACCAGUGGCCCUCCGAGGAGGCCUCCAUGGACCUGGUCAAGGACGCCAAAAUCUGCGCCUUCUUGUUGCGGAAGAAGCGGUUCGGCCAGUGGACCAAGUUGCUCUGCGUCAUCAAAGACACCAAGCUGCUGUGCUAUAAAAGUUCCAAGGACCAGCAGCCUCAGAUGGAACUGCCGCUGCAAGGCUGCAACAUUACGUACAUCCCGAAAGACAGCAAAAAGAAGAAGCACGAGCUGAAGAUAACUCAGCAGGGCACGGACCCGCUGGUGCUUGCCGUCCAGAGCAAGGAGCAGGCCGAGCAGUGGCUGAAGGUGAUCAAAGAAGCCUAUAGUGGUUGUAGUGGCCCCGCAGAUUCAGAGUGUCCUCCUCCACCGAGCUCCCCGGUGCACAAGGCGGAACUGGAGAAGAAACUGUCUUCAGAGAGACCCAGCUCAGAUGGGGAGGGCGUGGUGGAAAAUGGAAUUACCACAUGUAAUGGAAAGGAGCAAGUGAAGAGGAAGAAAAGUUCCAAAUCCGAGGCCAAGGGCACCGUGUCGAAAGUCACUGGGAAAAAAAUCACCAAGAUCAUCAGUCUGGGAAAGAAGAAGCCAUCCACAGACGAGCAGACCUCCUCGGCUGAGGAAGAUGUUCCCACGUGCGGCUAUCUGAACGUGCUCUCCAACAGCCGCUGGCGGGAGCGCUGGUGCCGAGUGAAGGAUAACAAGCUCAUUUUCCACAAGGACAGGACCGACCUGAAGACCCACAUUGUGUCUAUUCCCCUCCGUGGCUGCGAGGUGAUCCCGGGUUUGGAUUCUAAACAUCCCCUGACGUUCCGGCUGCUGCGCAACGGCCAGGAGGUUGCAGUAUUGGAGGCAUCUUCCUCUGAGGACAUGGGCAGGUGGAUUGGGAUUUUACUCGCAGAGACGGGGUCGUCCACAGACCCGGGGGCCCUGCACUAUGACUACAUCGAUGUGGAGAUGUCUGCCAGUGUCAUUCAGACAGCCAAACAAACCUUCUGUUUCAUGAACAGGCGUGUUAUAUCUGCUAACCCAUAUCUGGGGGGCACCUCCAACGGCUAUGCCCACCCCAGCGGGACGGCGCUUCAUUACGACGACGUCCCCUGCAUCAACGGCUCGUGGGAACCGGAAGACGGCUUUCCUGCUUCCUGCAGCAGAGGCUUGGGAGAAGAGGUGCUUUAUGAUAACGCAGGCCUGUACGAUAACUUGCCGCCUCCGCAAAUCUUUGCCCGCUACUCUUCUGCUGACAGAAAGGCCUCUAGGCUGUCUGCUGACAAGCUGUCCUCUAACCAUUACAAAUACCCCGCCUCCGCUCAGUCUGUCACUAAUACCUCUUCUGUGGGGAGGGCGUCUCUCGGGCUCAACUCGCAGCUCAAGGGUAAAAAGCCCCCCGUGGCAUCUAAUGGGGUCACAGGAAAAGGGAAGACUCUGAGCAGUCAGCCGAAAAAAGCGGAUCCUGCGGCUGGUGUGAAAAGGACAGCUUCGAAUGCUGCCCAGUACAAGUACGGCAAGAACCGGGUAGAAGCAGACGCCAAGCGGCUACAGACCAAAGAAGAGGAGCUGCUGAAGAGGAAAGAGGUCCUGCGGAAUAGGCUGGCCCAGCUCCGCAAGGAAAGAAAAGACCUUCGAGCGGCCAUCGAAGUGAACGCAGGCAGGAAGCCACAGGCGAUUCUGGAGGAGAAGCUGAAGCAGCUGGAGGAGGAGUGCCGGCAGAAGGAGGCAGAGCGUGUCAGCCUGGAGCUGGAGCUGACGGAGGUCAAGGAGAGCCUGAAGAAAGCACUGGCGGGCGGAGUCACCCUGGGGCUGGCCAUCGAGCCCAAGUCAGGAACAUCGAAUCCACAGUCUCCAGUGUUCAGGCACCGGACCCUGGAGAACUCGCCUAUCUCCAGCUGUGACACCAGUGACACCGAGGGCCCCGUGCCGGUGAACAGCGCGGCUGUCCUGAAGAAGAGCCAGGUGGCCCCGGGCAGCUCCCCCUGCCGAGGACAUGUGCUGCGGAAGGCCAAGGAAUGGGAAUUGAAGAACGGGACAUAGGGGACAGCAGGACUGCUCCAGCCUCAGAGACUGCACACCCCCUUGCCCGUGUCCUCCUCUGUGUGACGGCAGGAAGCUCUGCCCAGAGUGGCCUCAGCUGCGCGACUCCAGAGGCUUCACGACCGAGCUCUGAGGCCAGCGCCUCUCACCCAGGCCCACUUGCAUUCCUUCUACUGUAUACUGGCGCCUUUAGAAAAGAUGUACUUGUAAGACUUUGGUCCCCAACUUUUGUUAAAAAACAAAAAAAGUGAUGGAAAGGUGUUUGAAAGGAUGCUAUCAGGCAAAGUGACAUCUUUCUAACCAGUUAAGCCAUUGCUUUCACCGAUUCCAGCCCAGCCCUGGACUGAGGAUGGAUGGUUCUGUGAGCCCCCAAGUGAAACCUUUCGACGGGGAAGAGCUUGGAUCCCCGGCUGCCCCGGGCAUGAGUGUGGCUGGCGCGUGGGCACUGGGCUCGCCUCGCACACCCACCAGGAGGGCCAGGGGCUUACACAGCCCUGACGUGGACUCUGUGUCUCGGCGUACCCUCCCCACGUGCCCGUCCCCCUCAUCAUCAGAGGUAAAGGCAUGAGAAAAUCACGCUGUGAAACAUUUUUUACCUUUUAUUAUUUUUUGGACAGAUGCUUUUGUCACCAAGACAUGAAAAGCUGCCAUUCUUCUUAACCUGUUUUUUAAGAAUUUUUUUUGUUGUGUGUCACACUUAGAUCUAAGGAUUUUUCAGAGGUUCCUUAUUUUAUUAUUUGUGCUACUUUUGACAGGUAGCAGAGGGUUUUAAUACUUCACUAACAGUGUGCCCUCCUCCCCCUUGGGCUGGCAUCCCCAGCCCUUAAUCCACAUCGGAGCCGGCAGGUGCUCCUCCCACCAGGAGCCUCUGGGGGCAGGGUCUGGCUGCUCGCCACUGUACAGGACGUUUACUGCUGCGUGGGCCAGGGCAGUCCUUUGAAAGGGAAGCAAGUUCUGGAACUUGUUCCCUCAUGGAAUUAUAACAUCUUAGAGCACGAGGCAGGAAUUCCAGGGCCUCCUGCCCCUCCCUCUCCCUUCCUCCAGCUUGUCAAGUUAAACCACUAAUGCAUGGGUGGGCCUGGCCGUGCUGCCUCUCCUGAGUGGGGUGGGUGCGGGUAGGGCCCCUUUCCCAGCUUUCUUACUUGCCUUCUGUGCAAUAUCGCUUGGAGAAUUCAGAUGCCUAAGGCAUAAAGGAAAAAAAAAAAAAAAAACAGAGUUCAUGGUUUGAGCUGGUAUCUACUCCCUGGGUUUAAAAGUCAGAUUUAACUUCUUGGUCUCCCGGAGACCGCUGUCAGGAAUUCUCCAUUACGGGAAGAUGCAGUCACUGAUGACAAAAUAAGUCGCCCCUGAAAGCCUCCGCAGGCGGAUUCACGGAGACCAGUCCCAGCAGCCACCGCCCCUUCCCUGAGCAGAGAAUAGAGAGGUGUCACACUUGGUGCAAGCCUUCUGUCCAGUGUCCAGAAUGUCCUUUAUCACGCAGAGGAAGAGACGGCAGGAAAACACUGACAAGGAGUUCCCCCCAGACAUGCUUUCAGAGCGCCAGCCAUGUGGCACACGGGACUGUACAGUUAGGAUUCAUGUUGAAGGUCGUGGCGCCUGAGGCCUGCAGGGGCCACGCUGGAUUACUCGAGCGGAAAAGUGGUCUCCCGUGUAUAAGAAAGUUUUACAAGAACUGGAAGCUGCUGGAGUCCACCUGAAACUUGAAUUGAUCGCAAAGCCAUCUGCCGGGAGCAUGUUGGGUUCCUGAGCCGUCAGCCGGCGUUCCUCCUCUGACGCACGUUCCUCCUGGGUAGUCCGUGGAGGCCCAUUACACCAGCAUCCGUGAUGCCAGCUUCCCACUAGGACAUCCAGGCAGGUCGGGCGGGGACGCCACACGUCUCAGGGCCGGUCCGCUGCGUUGCCAUAGAGGAGCCCUCCCUCCAGUGGGGACUUCCCACCAUUGCAGGCAGCUGGGACCACUUCGUAUCACACAGAAUGCAUUUUCUAUAAAGGUGAAAAUGUUUGCUCCCCCAUAGGUUUUUGCUGCCUUCGGGUCAGAUAGUUUCCCCAGUUGAGGCUCUUGGGCCAUUCUGAUUGGCAGCCUGCUUUGCCAAAGAGAACUGUGCGAGGUUUUGGUGGUUAGGAGGAGAAGCGGGAGAUGGCCAGCCUGAAGUCUCAGUCCUGGCCCAGCACAGGGGGGCAGCGGCGAGCCGGCAGGUGAAGCGCAAGCGGCACACGGUGUGUCACAUGGGCCUGAGCCGUCACCCGCCAGCUUCCUCACCUGGUAAGGAGGCCCCAGAGCCUUAGCAGGGACUUGCCCAAGGGCACAGCUGAUGGGUGCUCAACUCCCAGCAUGCAUAUUUUGUUUUAAAAACCCAGGUUUGUAAUUCACUGCCACAACCAUAAGCCUUUUAAAGAGGAGGCAAACUUUCACGAAUCCCAUUGUGGUCCAUAGAGCCUUUCAAAAUGGGUGCCCUGGAAGGGGGCCCUGACAUUGGAUUCCCUCGAUGCCAGAUACUCCCUUGAAAUUUUGCAUUUAAUCAGAAAGUUUAAAGCAUUUACUUCAGAAUAAGUUAUUUAUUUGUAUAUGUUCAAUAAAUAGUUUUUAAUUUAUAUCUGUACAUAUUAGACACACACGAGCCAUCCUGCCAGAAUUCUGACAGUGAUCUCAUUUUAUCACCCUCCCAAAACGUGCCCCAGGAACAAGCACCCCUUGCCCCUGUGGCAGCUGCGUGUGUCUGAUUUCAUAAUGAAGCCAGGUUGUGGGGGCAAGAGGCCCGACAGGCAGGCCAGGGUCCCCGGAGAAGCCAUGAUGAGGUGUGCAGAGGCCCGACAGGCAGGCCAGGGUCUCUGGAGAAGCCAGGAUGAGGGGUGCAGAGGCCCAAUAGGCAGGCCAGGGUCCCCGGAGAAGCCAGAAUAAGGGGUGCAGAGGCCCGACAGGCAGGCCAGGGUCCCUGGAGAAGCCAGGAUGAGGGGUGCAGAGGCCCAACAGGCAGGCCAUGGCUCCCUCUUCCCAGAAUCUGGGGGGAACUAGGGCAAGGCCCAUCUGUCUGCAAGGCCAGUAGCUCCCUCCCUCAGCUUCCAGAGUCCGCGGCCGGUGCAGGGUAACCAGUGUGGGUCUGCUGAGUCACCCUAGGCACCAGACUUGACCCAGGAGCACGGGCCACUGUCCAUGGGGCCUUCCUUGAGACCUUCCCUUGGGGCUGGCAGGUGGCCAUUUACCAGCUGGAUUAGUCCCGCCUCGCCCUCUGUGCCUGUGCCCUGGCGUGGCCAGGCCUAACCUUCCCCUGUAUCUUACUCGUCCCAAAGUUAUUAUUGGCCAUUUCUAAAUGGACAAAACUACCCUAAAAGGUGGAGAUUUACUCCUUUUGAAAAGUCUGUUUCAAAAAGUAUGUCCUCGGCUCUGGAGGCCACCCCUAGGAAGGAGUUUGAGAUUCGUUAUCAUUAUGGCCACAAUUUGGCGCUUGUGCACGGGAUUCAAAGGGCCGUGUUGAAGCCAGGGUUAGGUGUAGGGUUGUGGGCAAAGCUCCCUUGUUUGUGGCCACCCCUUACCUUUCUAAAGAGGCUGUUAACUCUGCUCACCCACUAUUUGGGGGGAUGUAAAUUUUGCCCACAGACUUUGCUACCCAGGUGAGGUGCUCUGUUCAUGCACCAAACUCAUGUCAUUUGACACCAUCCAAGGAUGGGUAGCCUGUCAUGUGGCCGGUGACCCGCACCUAGAGAAAAGGCACGUCAUGCCGCAGGGCAGGGCCGACACCCUGAGCUCACAGGUGGCCCCUGCAGUCAGGUGGAUGUCCAUCCUUGAAACAGCCUCUUCUGGGAGCACAGCACUGGAGGUCUCAGGCGUCAGGGUUGGCUGGCAGGGUGCCCUGCAGCUUACAUAAAGGUCGUGGCAAUACUUCAAUGUUAAAUUAUUGCCUUCCUCUUACUAAAAUAAUUUUCUAAUGGGAACAGUAACUUCAAGUUCAUGACAUAGUUUGAAGGAGGAUAAUUCAUUUUUUUCCUGGUUGUCACUGUCUUGUCACCAUGAUGGGCUGGGUUCAUACUGUGAAAUAAACUGAAGUGAAACCAAAGCAUUCCUGCCAUAAACACGUGGCACAGCACCGUGGAAAAAGCAAAGCCACCUCUAUUCGUGAGUCCCCAAGCCAUAGCAGGCCACUCCAUCGUCUAUAAAGGGAAGGAAACUGCGCCUGGGAAGUGGUGGGCUUCAGACGCGUCCUUUUGCCCGCAGUUCAUGAAACAGUUCCAGCUUUGGCCUUCCAGAAAAUCUCAACUUCACCGUGCACAAGUAUUACCCGGUCUUUUUAGUGUAGCCAUGGAAGAUACUUUCAAAAGGAGAUCUUCAGAUCAUAAUUCUUAGGGACCAAAGGUGUUUUUAAUGAGAUAAUCUUUUUGAUUUUCUAACAAGAAAGGAAAUAUUCACUUUAAAUUUUAACAUCAACUUUUAAAGGAUACUCAGAAUUAAUUGACCAUGGCGAUAGGUUGUAAAAUGUUUUCAUAUUAAGAAUGUAAUUAUUUCCUUAUUGUAUUUUUUAAAAGCUAAAGUCAUAUUUAAAAUUCUCUUUGAAAGAAACAGGCAAAGAAACAGCAAAGAUUUUUUUAAAUUAAAUAUGUUGGUAGUGCCCAUUUUAAAUGACUGUAAAUAUAUUUUCACUGUUUCUCAAUGUAUUUAAUUCAUAAAGUAAAAAUUUUAUGAAAAGCAACUUGCAAGGAAAAUCCUAGUUUUCAGUCCACUCGCCCCAUUUUGUAGUAGCUUCACUGAAUUUCCUGCUUUCCUGGUUGAUUUUUUUACUGUUUCACGUGGUGUAACCCUAGACUGGCGCCCUUGGCGUGCACCUUUGUGUAUGAAUAAACUUCUCUCCGCGA